AUGGAUCGAUGCGAGCUGUUUCUCGCGUUGGUUAUCUGCCUUUGCUUUCAACACGGAGUGGCGUUGUUGAGCUGUGAACACAUGCACAUCGUAGAUGCAAACCACACCCUGUCCAUAUCAACAUCCUCUCAAGAUCCCUUUCAGCAUUCGCUUUACAAUAUAUACUGCUGGAAUAUAACUUCUACAGAACGGAUGGGUUUGCGGGCGUCAUGUCGAUUCCUUCAAAGCCAGCCUAAGUCCAUUUAUGUAACGAUGCAUGAUCACAACCCCGAUCCCCCAUGGGAUUACUGGUCCAGUGAACGUCUUCCUGCCGAGAUGUUUACUGGUAGGAGGCAGAUUGUAAUAGGACUUGACUUGCUAAACAGUGCUGCAGCGUCGGCUUCGUGUGAGGUACAACCAUAUCCAGACAAUUCAGAUUUGAUCUGUGGAAGUGGAAACAUAGCCCUCGAUGACCGGCAUCUUCUCAGCGUGUCCAUCCCAGACAACCGAUUAUCUUUAGAGUGUGUGUGGCUGAUAACCACCGUCGCCAAAUGGGACUCAUUCGUCGUGUUCCUAGACCUGCUCUCCCUAAAUCUACGAGAUCACCAGAAGCUUUCCUUUGGACUGGGACAUGACACCAACAAUCGUUCCUCCUUACUGAAGGAGAUUGACAGUGGCACUUUCAAGAGUGAGAACGGCUCCUCCUACUUCUUCUUCGAUCGGAAUCUUUGGAUCUCUGUGACGUCAUUCUUUAAUCUAGACAACGGCGAGGAACGAAUUCAAACGAUCCUUUUACGAUCAGAGAACUUCACAAAUGCGCCGGAAGUUGAAUGUGCAACUGGGCAAGUACUGUGCACCAUCGAUUCGAAAUGCAUACCAGUGCACGCUGUAUGUGAUGGCAAGGCCCACUGUUCAGAUUACACCGAUGAGGGCGGUAGCUGUGAUUGCUGUGGUGCAUCGGAUCUCGUUUUGCAUCUGGACGAACCGCUCACCAUUCUGGCAGAUGCAAUUGAAGUUGAAGGCACCUCAUCCUCUCAUUUCACCGGAUUCUACGGGAUAUAUCCCGGAUCAGAAGGACCGGUUCCGGAUAACUCUUCGUCACACGGUGUCACUGUGACUCAAUACAAGGAAGAACCGAUGCAGUUCGAGUGCGUCUGGCGCGUGACGGAGCCUGCCGGAACCAGAAUCCGGCUAGUGGUGGAGGAAUUCAGCGGGACCCGGAUAGUCCUAACGGUUGGCAACGGAUACGAUCCGGUGAACGAGAUACCAAUUCUCGUGCUGGACACAAAUUCCGGAUCGUUCGUUUUACCGGCUCAAAUUUUGUCCACUGGUCAGGGAAUGUGGCUCACUCUUGGGUUGUCAGAAAGUUAUGGAUACCUCAGCGAGUUGAGGCUGGUCUUUUCAACCUACAACACCACAGAUUGUGAUGUGAGUGAGUUUGCAUGUCCAUCUGGCAUGAGUUGUUUGGAGAACAAGUCUCAUGUGUGCAAUGGCGAGAGGGAGUGCCCUGGAUACGGAGACGAACUAGGCUGUGGUGUAUGCGAGAAGCAUCACUUUGCGUGUGCAUUAACGGGAGAGUGUGUGCCUCGUUAUCAAAUAUGCAACGGCAAGGCUGACUGUAACGACCACUCUGAUGAAUUUCUGUGCGGUUACUGUGGAAGUGAUACGAUACGAACUCGCCCCAAAGUUACUCAAGCGAUUGUGAACAGUAAUCCCACAGUGGAGUGUCUAUGGACCGUGCAGUCCGAAGUCGGGACGAAAAUUCAGGCCAACAUUCGAAAGUUCCCACGGUGGUGCCGCGUGACCUUUACUACAACCUCUGACCCCGGUGACCUUGACAAGAUGCGCGUCAUAAGGACGAUCGACAGUGUGUCUUCGUACGAGAACACUGCCAAGUUUGCCUACUUGACUUCCAUUUCUACCAAUGAAUCGGUGAUGUGGAUCGCGAAGGAAUGUGCUACAUCUUGGUUUUCAGAUGUGUUGGCAAUUGAUGUUCGUCAAUUCACCGAUAUUGAAUGUCUAGCGAACCAGCGGCGAUGUUCUUCUGGCAUCACAUGCAUCCAUGAAACAGCCGUAUGCGAUGGCUUGGCGGACUGCCCAGAGUAUUCGGACGAAAUUGGGUGUGGUAACUGUUCUGAGAGUGAGUUUCACUGCCGGUCGGGAGACCAGUGUGUCCUUAGUGAUCGCCUCUGUGAUGGAAACACCGACUGCGCGGACUUCUCAGAUGAAUUCGACUGCGGGCCCUGCGGCGAAAGCAUUUUUGAUUUAGCAGGAAAUAGAUCGUUCAAUAUCAGCUCGCCUGGCUGGCCAAUCGACACGUACCACAAUCGACUGCAGUGUUUUUGGCUGGUGGUGGCAGAAGUGGGAUACCGUAUCGUUCUGACUUUCAUGGACUUUCUGAUCGAGGAGGGCUACGACUUCUUAUAUUGCGGCAAUGGCAUUGGAUUCGAUGACGAUAUAUUCGUAGCAACUGGUGGGAAAAGGUUUCCCAUAAGUCUAGCAUCUAGUGGCAACACGAUGUAUGCAAAGUUCACUUCGGAUGAGUUUUCGGAGGAAAGGGGCUUUUUGCUUCACGUCGAGCAGAAACCAGCCAAAUAUGUGUCGUGUGGAGAAGAUGAAAUUGCUUGCAGAACUGCCAAUCUUAUCUGCGUUAGAAACGACACGUCAGAGAAGGGCCAACAACUAUGCUCAACGGAUGUAUGUGGAGUGCUUUGGCGCGUUAUUUGGAACUAUCCAGUUACGUUCACGUCACCAGGUUACCCCUCCAACUACCCCAAUGGUAUCGAUUGCAUCUGGGAGAUCGUGGCGUGGGAAUUGGAGUCGAUACUGGUAUCGAUCGAAAAGUUCUCCACGGAGAGAAACAGUGACAAAGUCCGGUUUUUCGUCGAUUCUUCGACUGAAGCGUUUGAGCUUCACGGUACCACCAAAGUGCGAGCGAUCGCCUUCAGUGCAACGACAGUGAAGAUUCACUUCAUUUCUGAUCUGUCUGUGACGAACAUUGGGUUUCGGUUCGUGCUGUAUGGUAAUUAUUCACAGGAACAUCUAGCUGAGAAACCGUGCCCAGACGAGCGCCUGUUUGACUGCGGUGAUGGUUCCUGUUUGUCGGUUGAUGCUCGGUGCGAUGGCUUCGUAGAUUGUCAGACGGACGGGAGGGAUGAGCUAGACUGUGAAAUGGUGUCCUGUCCAGACUUCUUCCUCUGUAACAACUCAGUGAAGUGCAUCUACUGGCCCAUGGUUUGUGAUGGCAACCCGGACUGCCCAAAUGCAGAUGACGAGACCGAACGGGAAUGUGAGACUCAUCGAUGCCCCACCGGGUGCAAAUGCAGGACGAUAAAUGGGAUUUAUAAUGUUGCCUGCAUUGGCGGCUGGAAUCAGACUACUAUCGGACGUAUUGCUACAAGAGUAGAGGACCUCACACUUUCCGGCGCCAACGUCAGCGUUCUGGAUACAGGGCUCUUCAAAGGAUUUUCAGAGCUGAGAGUAUUAGAUAUAUCCGGCAAUCUCAUCACAAGCUUUGAAGCUGACUGGUUUCACGAGCUGAAGAAUCUGCAAAACCUUUUUGCUUGGAAUACGUCCAUUGAUUGGAUCAGAAACAGAGCCUUCAAUGGACUGAAGAAGCUAAAGAUAAUGUUACUUAUUCGAGGCAAAUCGUCCAUCAAAACUGCAGUUGAGGUCGAGGAAGAUGCGUUAACCGAUCUCGAGAGUUUCGAAACGUUGUACGUAGACGACUACCGCCUGUGUUGUGAGUUUGUAGAACUCUUGCCGCAUUUUCCAGUGACUAACUGCAAGACGACAGAAGCUCAGCCACCGCUGAACCUCUGCGGCACCCUAAUGAGGAACCAACUGCUACGCGUCUCCAUGUGGGUUCUGGGCUUGAGCGCCCUCAUCGGCAACGCGGUGGUUAUUAUCUGGAGGUGUUUACAGGACAAAGAAAAGGGCGGGAAGUGGAUACACUCCUCCUUCGUGCUCAAUCUGGCGAUUUCUGACCUGAUGAUGGGGGUGUACAUGUUAAUCAUAGCUGGGGCUGAUAUAUACUUUGGUGCAGAUUACUCUGACGUGGCUAGUGAAUGGCGGUCUAGCAUCGUCUGCAAGAUAGCUGGUGUGAUGUCGGUUCUUUCCAGCGAGGCUUCAGUGUUCUUCGUCACCCUGAUCAGUCUCAACUGCUUCUUUUCCAUCGUGUUCCCCUUCAGUCGGUUUCGAAUUAGGGAAAAGUCGGCUACUGUAAUCAUAACUAUCAUCUGGUUGGCUGCGGUGUGUCUCAGUGUCGGGCCUACCGUCUUUGUUGGUUCUGACUCGGAGGUGUACGGCCUAUCAGAUGUUUGUAUCGGUCUACCUUUAACCACAGUCCCGACUAGUUACGUCAUCAAAGAGCACAACCUUGGUGACGCCAACACGAUCCCGAUCCCUGUUGGUCAGGGAAACCAGCCUGCCUGGAUCUACUCCAUCAUUCUGUUUCUCGGUGUCAAUUUGAUCUGUUUCGUGGUCGUGUUGGGUUGCUACGUCGCCAUCUUUGUCAAGGUCAAGCGCACAGCCUCCAGGGUCCGUAACUGCGCACACCGCGACCGAGAGAUCAAGAUGGCGAUCAAGAUGGCGCUGAUAGUCGGGACGGACUUUGCCUGCUGGAUGCCGGUCAUCAUCAUGGGAAUUCUGUCGCAGACUGGGGCGGUGAAUAUCGGUCCAGAUAUGUAUGCCUGGAUUGUGGUUUUCAUUCUACCCAUCAACUCCUCCCUCAACCCAUACCUGUACACCGUCUACACCAUGGUAGUGACCAAGCGCCAUGCCCAGAAUAGCCUAAAUGAGUCGAUGAAGUCAAGGAACACGAUCCAAAUGAAGACAAAGUCAUUGGAGACAUUGAGCUCGAGUAUGUCGGACGCAAAGCAAUCAUAAAUCUUUAACUGUCAAUGAUCAUUUCUGUCAUUUGUGUCAUAAUUCGCUCAAAGAUCGAUUAUACCAACUGCUUGUGUUUAUUGAUGUACUAUAGUAAGAUCUAAGGAUCAAAGGUAGCUCAUUUUUUUCAUCUUUCAAUUUUGAAUUUUAAAAAAAGCCACAAGUUGUUUUUCUAUUACAAUGUGUAGUCUGUCAUGAGUGGGUGUUGAAAUGUUUCCCUGAAUCCCGAAAAUAAGUAACAUUUUUACAUUGUGGGUUACUUUACUCUGUCAAGUCAAAAGCUUUCUUAGUAAGUCUUAAAGGUUUAUUGUAAUACUCGUAUAUAAUGAUCGAUGUUUGUGAUUAGUUUAUUGAUAUUUAUAUAACUUUAAGUUUUCGAUAUCUUGUUAUUAAAUCAUUUCAUCGGCUCUGCUUU